UGUUCCCUAUUCUAGCAGACGGGCAAAGUCUGCCAUAAUUCGUAGGAUUCAGAAUUUUUACAUGGAAAAUGUAUUGAUUUUGAUAGAAAUGCUUUAUCUGCAUUCAAAAAUAUAAACUUCUCUGAAAAUUCACAAAUAUAUUUGAUGUAAAGUAGAUACAGUCUAGGUCAAUGGAAGAUCCACCGCUUAUUUGUUUUAAGACCGGCACUCCUCUCUCUAGCUACGGCCAGAUGACGUGACCGCCGUGGUUUUAACAAUAGAACUGUCUCAGUGGCAGGCUAGCAAGUGCUAGCUGAACGUAUUCGUUUAUCGUACCAGAGACCUUUUCGUUUUUGUGUUAACCCCCGAAACUAUCCGUUUGUUUUGCUGGCGUAAGAUGGUUGUUUUGUCAAAUGAUAAUGAGGAGCAGGAUGUUAUCCUGAUAGAGGAGCGCAAAUGCACCUCUCUGCCUAACUCCCCAGCAAAACGUGCUUCUCCAACCAAGAAGAAGCAUUUCUUUAUCAACCAGGCCAUACGUAACUCUGACAUCACACCCAGAGCCAAAGGCAAGAAAAGCCAAAGACGUCAGGAGAACACACGCUACCUUGCCAAUCUUCUUGAAAAAGAUGAGUGUUCCAAAAAUGAGGCAGAGGUAUACAGCGAUCCUGCCCUCCCUUCAGUCUUCACAGAGGCCUGCACUAAUGGCCACUAUGUGGAGCAAUGGAAUGACUUCAUGAACCGCUCUGGAGAGGAGCAGGAGAAGCUGCUUGCCCUUCUGGAAGAGGAGGCCAAGAGGACCAGCUCCAAUAAGCUCUCCAAAGACCAGAGAGAGGUGAAUCCAGCCUUCACUGCCCAAGACUGCUUCCAGAGAAUUGAUCGAAGACUGCGCGCCACGCUCAAGCGCAAACAAGUUCCCAUUGGGACACUUGAGGUGCUUGAAGGGAACCUUCUCAGUUUCUUUGGUGCUCAGCCUCACUCUGUCUACACCACCAACCUCGCAAGCAGCUUUGAGAGGCUAUUGCUUCAUGCGGUCUGCCAGUACAUGGACCUCAUUUCAGCAAGCUCUGACUGUAAUGGUGCUCGCCAGACUGCAGUGGUGAACAAACAGGAGGGCUUGUUCCACCCUCCAAACCCCAUGCUCUCUGUCUACCUGGAGCAAAUGAGCUAAGAGAUGGUUACGCUGCCCACUCUUUCAUGCAGAGCAGCUUUGACUUACUUAUGUGGGUUUAUCAAUUAUGAAAUGCUCAUGUGAACCUGCCAGAACAUCUCAAUUGGGUUAAGGUAUAUUCAUUUACUUUGCCAGUCCUAUAUGUAAUUUAUUUUUGCC